AUGUCUCAGCUGUACCAGCUUUUAUUAGAACCUCUCUCUGAUAGCGAAACUGAAGUAUUCUUAGAGUGUCCUGAGAAAUUGGAUGAGAAUGGGAGACAUUGUAUUAUUCAAGGAAUCAUGCCUGGGGGCUUAGCAGUUGGCAACAGUGAUCUCAAAUGUUUUGCAAUGGUGGGACAGUCGUUGGUACCCUACACCGCUGUAUUGAGCUCACCUGAACAGAUUAAGCUAUCAUCUACUGCGAUUAAGGUUACUGAGGGACAGCUUCGAACACUGUUGGAAGAAUUUGAUGAUAUCUUUCAGGUUCCAAAAGGGCUUCCUCCUCCGCGAGCACAUGAUCAUAGAAUUCCUUUAAUGGAUGAAAAGACAGUGGUUAAAAUCCGGCCAUACCGUUAUCCAGCCUGCCAGAAGACUGAAAUGGAGAAGUUAAUUCGAGAAAUGCUACAAGCUGGUAUAAUUCGUGAUAGUACGAGCUCUUUCGCUUCCCCGAUCAUCAUGGUCAAUAGGAAGGAUGAGAGUUGGCGAUUAUGUGUGGACUAUAGGCAGCUAAACCAGAAUACAAUCAAAGACAAAUUUCCUAUACCUGUCAUUGAAGAGCUUCUGGACGAGUUGGGAGCAGCUAGAGUUUUCUCUAAGCUGGAUUUAAGAUCAGGAUAUCACCAGAUUCGUAUGUGGGAAUCAGAUGUUCAUAAAACCGGGUUUCGGACACACGAAGGCCAUUAUGAGUUUUUGGUGAUGCCCUUUGGCCUCACGAACGCCCCCUCAAGUUUUCAAGCUCUUAUGAACUCGGUUUUUAAACCAUGGUUGAGAAAAUUUGUGUUAGUUUUCUUCGAUGAUAUCCUUGUAUAUUCAACUUCUUGGACAGAACAUUUGCAACACUUGCGAACAGUUCUUCUCAUUCUCAGAGAACAACAGCUAUUUGCUAAGAAAUCGAAGUGUAGCUUUGGAUCAUCACAGGUCUACUAUUUGGGACAUAUUUUGAAUGCAAGCACUGUCUCUAUAGACCCUACUAAGGUUGAAUGCAUAUCUUCAUGGCCGAUCCCUCAAAUAGUUAAGGAGCUGCGCAGUUUUCUCGGCCUCACAGGCUAUUACAGGAGAUUCAUCAAGGGUUAUGGUGUAAUUGCAAGACCUUUAACAGACUUGUUAAAGAAGAAUGGAUGGGGUUGGUCAGAGCAGGCUACCGAGUCUUUUCAAACACUUAAAAGGGCUGUAAGUUCUGCACGUGUACUGAUGCUUCCUAAUUUUGAGGUUGAUUUUACUGUUAACACAGAUGCAAGUGGAAGUGGCAUAGGAGCAACACUUCAAAAUCCGGACGGACCAUCAGAGUCUGAGAUUCUUGAAGGAAUAAGUAAUAGGGUGACAGAUGCUCUAUCUCGGCAACCCCAACUUGAACGUCAUCAGCUCUAUCAGCUUUCGACUAGUUCGGUGAUUUCUAGUCUUUUAGAGCAAGUGCAACAGUCAUACACAGUGGAUGACAAACUGAAGACGGUUAUUCAGACUCUUCAACAGCUCCCAGGUGCGAUAGGAGGUCACUCAGGAGUGCAUGUUACUCGAAAACGACUCUCAAGCCUUUUGUAUUGGAAGGGUCUUACGACUGAUCCAUUGCCCAUUCCGGAUCGAGCAUGGUCGAUUAUCAGUAUGGACUUCAUUGAAGGGUUACCUUCAUCAGGCAAUAAGAAUUCUAUUUUAGUGGUGGUAGAUCACCUCACUAAGUAUGGUCAUUUCUUAGUGUUGUCCCAUCCUUAUACAGCCAAGGAAGUAGCUGGUGAAUACUUGGCUCAUAUCUAUAAACUCCAUGGCAUGCCUGAGGCUAUAAUAUCGGAUAGGGAUAAAAUUUUUGUCAGCAGCUUUUGGCAGGAGCUUUUUCGACAAUCAGGAACUAGACUUAUUUUAUCAACGGCCUACCAUCCUCAAAAGGAUGGCCAAACUGAGGUUCUAAAUCGCUGUCUUGAAAAUUACUUGCGCUGUAUGACGGGAGAAACACCAGCUCAAUGGCUCUAUUGGUUACCACUUGCUGAGUGGUGGUAUAACUCCUCGUUUCACUCUUCGAUUCAACUCUCCCCGUAUGAGGCUCUGUAUGGUCAACCCUCACCGACGCACAUGCCUUAUCUAGCUGGUGCCUCAGUGGUUGCUGUGGUAGAUCGUAGCCUACAGGCUCGUGAGGCUGCGCGAAAGCUACUUCAUUUCUGCCUAAAGAAAGCCCAGGCUCGCAUGAAACACUUUGCUGACAAGCAUCGCUCGGAAAGGAGUUUUCAAAUUGGUGACUUGGUUUAUUUAAGGUUGCAACCUUAUAGACAACAGUCCCUUCGAAGAAUCACCAACCAGAAGCUAUCUCCAAAAUAUUAUGGACCUUUUUCUGUUAUUGGAAAGGCUCCAACUCAAGCUUUUUUACCUUUAAUGGAUUAUCACGGUGCCUUGCCUAAGGAACCAAGCCGUAUUUUAGACAGACGGAUGGUCAAGAGGGGAAAUCAAGCUGUGACCGAAGUGCUCGUUGAAUGGGUUAAUUCUUUUCCGGAGGACGUAACAUGGGAACCUCUUACGACUAUUCAAGCCAAGUUUCCUCAGUUUUAUCCUUGA